AAAAGUCAGGAAGAGUGGCGAAACGUUUCAAAUGCGGAAGAUGUGUGUUGACGGAGCUCACGCGCUGUUUACAGGCAGGGGCCCCCGCCGUGAACGCGCGUCUACGGGCUCGCACUGAGCACUGAGCAACUUAUCUGGAUGGAGAUCGUUUGUUACAUAGUAGCCAACUGGAAAUAAAGUCACUGGACUGAAUCGACGCAACAUCAACGCUGGGGGUUUACUUUAGGGGCCCCCUACUCAUUCACUAUCGCAGCGAGUGACAGUGGGUGGGAUAAACAAGGCUCCUGUCACCUCUCUCUCACUUACUCUCGCUCGCUCUCUCACUCUCUUUUUCUCGAUGCCCAAACAGAGGCGGAGGUCUCUGAGAGAGGCGGUGUGCUCCCGGUCGUCUCCGGUUUGCGACGGAUCAGGGAGAGGAGGAGGAAGAGGAGGAGGAGGACGCGCAGGAAACUUUUCAUCCACACAGAUUUGUGAUGAUCAAGCACAGAUGGCGGAACAGUACAGCGGGCAAGCAGGCGUUCUCUCGGACAGUCACCCGGGGAGAGGGUGCACGGUGCCGCAGGUGACCAUCACGUCGGACGGGGACUCGCGGGAGAUCACCGAGGAGGACCUGGAGGAGGAGGUGAACGGACGACUGCGACGCAAACUCUCCAACUCCUCCAUCUCCUCUAAUGGCUCCUCCACGGCGUUUGACGAGUCUGAGGAUGAUUUGCUCAGCGACAACGAGACCAAGAGCAAAGGCAUCGUGACUCUGGAGCAUUUGGGGGACUCGGUGGACUCAGCAGAGCAAACCAAUGCUUGGUGGAAACUGAAGACUAUUGUUAAGUGCCCUUUGGUGGCUUCACAACGAAGACGACUGUCAUGGGUUCAGUUAGCAGGCCAUAAAGGCAGCUUUAAAGCAGGCGAUGAAGGCUCCAUACUGAAGAAGUUCUCUGAAAAUGAGAAUCGCUGUUUCGAGAGGCUCAAAGAGGAUGCUUUACAUGGCUUCGUGCCCGGAUACUAUGGGUUAGUGAAGCGAGACGGAGAGCUCUUUCUCAAAAUGACCGACUUGCUGGCCAGCUUUGAUACACCAAACGUCAUGGACUGCAAGAUGGGAGUGAGGACGUAUCUGGAGGAUGAGCUGGUUCGAGCACGAGUGAAGCCAAAGCUGCGGGAGGACUUGUAUAAUAAGAUGCUGGAGGUGGACAGCGGAGCACCUACAGCGGAGGAAAGGCAGCAGAAGGCGGUUACUAAACCUCGAUACAUGCAGUGGAGAGAAAGCCUGAGCUCCACUCACACUCUGGGCUUUCGCAUUGAGGGUAUCAAGAGAGGGGAAACCUGCAACACAGACUUCAAAAAGACCCGCUCAAAGGAAGACGUCACGCAGGUCUUUAAGGAUUUCAUCGAAGGCAAUAAAAACAUAAUUAACUCCUACAUUACAAGACUUGAAGAGAUUAAACGGGCACUGAAGGCCUCAGAGUUCUUCAAGAAACAUGAGGUGAUUGGGAGUUCUCUUCUGUUCAUUCACGAUCACACAGAGAGAGCUGAAGUGUGGCUCAUAGAUUUCGGUAAGACCACAGCUCUUCCAGACGGACAGUACCUGGAUCACUACAGACCCUGGGAGGAGGGAAACCGAGAAGACGGAUACUUAUGGGGCCUUGACAACCUGCUGCAAACCCUGUCCUCGCUGGGAAAAAGAGAGUGACCUCCUUACGGCAGACUUUUCACUUACUGACAGAACGACAGCAACCGCAAGCUGACAGACACUUGUAAAAGAGAGGCUACCAGUGAGAUAGUCUGGUAUUUUACAGUAUUAAGCUGUAAAAGCAUUGCACCACAAUCAUGGUAACAACCUAAAUGACUUAUUUCCUCAAAUUACAAAAAUCACUCAAAAACAAAUAGAAAUUUAGGGCCUGAUUUACUAAACCGAAAAUUAUCAGGGGACUGCAAUCUAUAAAAAUCAGCAGUUAAUUCAAUAAAAAUUAAGUUUGAAAAAUGAAUUUAACCAGAGAAGCUGUCAAUUAUGACAUCACAAGACAUUUUCAUACCAUCAAAUAACUAACGAUACCAUUUUAAACUAAAAACACAUUUUUUUUGCAUUUUUAAUGAAACUACAGCUGCAUUUUGGUGGCCUAAAUAAUGCAAACACUCGAAAAAACGAGUAUCUUAGUGCAAGUUUUUAAAAUCAAAUUUCUAUGAAAAAACAUUUUUUUAUAAAAACAGUGACGUCAUGCACAAGUGGCUGGACUGACAAUCAUAAUAAACCAAUGUAAAGGCGCAGAAUGAGAUUUUCGCCGCUAGAGGGCGCGUAAUCACAAUAAAGGCAUAGAUUGAUGACUCUGUGACGAAGUGUUGAAGCAUGGUAGUUGUGGUCUUCAUUACAUCCUUCCGGACUCCAGCAUGUUUAUGGAUGAGCUGAAGUAUUAACAACUUAUUAUGAUGGUAGCAUGAAGCAGAGUAAGACAGAAAGACUUCAUAGCAAAAUAAGAGCAAUAGCUGAUGUAAAAGAAGCGCGACACGGAAUAAAAGCAGCAGAGCUUUUAUUAUGCCACAGUUGACGCUUCCGGUUCUUCUGCCCAUAAUCAACCGCGGAAGCAGCAGCAAAGUUAUAUCAGACUAAAUACAUUUAAAGUUCUGUUCUAAUGCUGCUCGGUGCAGUCUAAUAAAACACACAACAUAUGAAAGCGUCUCUGGUGUUUCCCUGUUUUCUAUAAAAGCAAACCGGCAAUCAAGCAUUAGCAUGACGACAAAGGAUAUGUUCUGUUUCCUUUUAAAAUGUUGAUGGAUUUGAACUUUCUUCGAAACAUCUGGGAUAUUGUAAGUACGCAAGUCAGCUAAAUAUAUAACAUUUUUCUAGUGUUUUUUUUUUGUUUGUUUUGUUUUAUUAAACAAAUAUACAGUU